AAAUAAAAUAAAAUAAAUCUAAUCUUUAUCAGAAACAAUCUUCAAAGUUCAAAGUCGCUGAGCAAAUGGGCAUUGAAACCUCUGUUUGUUUCCUCUUCCAGAUUUUCCCUCCACAACAAAACCCUCGCGCCCAGUCUGUUUUGUUCAAUCCAUUUUCGAUAUUUCUCUAAGAAAACCAGCAAUUUGCUAAAGAUUAAGCCUUUUUUUUUUUUUUUCAAAUUUUUAUUUUAUUCCCAUGGAGAUUCCCGUAUUUACGAGUUUUCGGCUAUCAUACUCAUCAGCGGUUUCCUUGCGCUCUUGCUCUUCAAAGUAUAGUAUUUUCUUCCAUGGAUGCUUCUUCCGCGGCAAAAGGUUGAGUAUUAGGUGGAAUAUUUAUAGUUCGAAGCCCUGUAUGGGAAUCAAAGCGAGUUUGGAAAACAAUUCUUUGUCAAAUGGGGUACUUGGGAAAGCUAAAACUGAGGUGAAUUCUGGGGAUUUCUGGGGACAUUCUGAGUUCGUUGAAGUGAUUGGCAUUGGGAGUCGCAGGGAUGCUGUUCUCAACUUCUGUCUCGAAUCGCAGUUCAAGUCGUCGUCUUUGCGAUUUUGGAACGUUCUCAUCAAGGAUUCAAUAGCGGUGCAAUUACAACAAAGGUUCCUUGGAAAAGAUCUGGCUCCAAGGAUUUUUGAAGCACCACUAUCUUUGAAGUCAUCUUCAAAAACUAUUAUCCUUGUGGCGAGUGCUGGUUAUGGCCUAGAUCACAUAACGAUAGUUGAUAUUCUAAAAACAUUAAGAUCUGCAAAUGGAUUUUCCGUUGUUAUUAUCUUGAAGCCAUUCAGCUUUGAAGGUCAGAAGCGCCAGGAUGAGAUAAAAAAUCUGGUGGAGAAACUUCGGGGACAUACAAAUUUAUUUAUUGAUAUUGACACUGACAUGUUACUUAAGAAGGACUUGGUUACUCUAGAUGAGGCAGUGAGGACUGCAAAUAAUGCUGUGUUUCUGGCCAUGACUGCUGUAUCUUCUCUUGUAUCUGAUAUACAUCAUAAACUUAUUGAUGUAUCGCAUAAUAAUGUGAAGGAGAUUGGAGUUUCAGAAGUUUUGAAUAUUCUAGAAAGAUAUAAAGAAGCAAAAAUUGGAUUUGGUGCUGGUUACAGCAUCAAAACUUCAAUUCUACAGUCUGUGUAUGACUGCCCUUUCCUCGGUAUGGGUGUCAAGGACUUGGAUGGGACUAUUAUAUGUGUCCUUGCAAGUUCUGGUGACAUCAGCAACAGUGAUAUGCAUACAUUUGUGCAUACUUUCCGUCAAACUACAGAAUAUACAAACGAAAUCGUAGUAUCAACUUUUCAUGAACCUAGUUUGGAGCCCAAUUUGCUUGUAACAAUGGUUCUUGUUUUAGGUUUUACUGGGCAACAGACUUCUCAGAAAAGUAGCAUAAUUUCUAGACUGGCUCAGCGUUUUCCUUUCAUUUUUGGACUUUUGACAAGACACCAUUGGCAAUCAACGGAUACUCAGGGAAAUAAUUUACCAGACAAUGGAUGUCCUGAAGAGUCAGUUUCACAAGAACCAUUGGAGACGGGUGAUAGAGCUGCUGUUGAUGUUGUAGCUGAAGAUUCUGACAAGUACCCUGAGGAGGAAGAAGAAAUCCAGCCAGUAAUGAGCAGCAACUAUAAUGGAUCAUAUGCUUCAAGUUAUAAUAGUGGAUCUGACCAUGAGACUGAAUUAUUUGGAGCCACCAAUGAGUUUUCCCGUUUAUAUGAUCCAGGUGGAGAAGACACUCCUGCAUUUCAAAGAGAGCCACUUGUUCGUUGGAACUUGGGGCCAGGAUAUCAGAUUGCACAGGAGUGGGCCAAAGAGAGGGCAGCUAAAGCUGGAGCUGGUUCAGUACUUGAUAAGUUGAGCAUCUUCUGCCUUCCAGUUGGUGUAAGGCCUUCAGAAGAGUUGAAAGAUAAUGUCAAUGUCUCUUCUCUGACACAUCGCAGAGAGCCUAAAGCUGAGGAUGGUUUGAAAGAACAAACUGUUGGCAAUUUUGACACAGGACUUGAAGUGGUGAAAGAGUUUUGUAAUACAGCAUCAGCACUCUUGAAAGGAAAAUAUGCUGAUCCUCGCAGAAAACAAGGUCAUCUUUCUGCUCGUGCAGCAUCUAUGCUGGAAGCAGAACGGGAUUCACCUAAAAAAUGGAGUCCGAUUGUGGAAAUAAAAUACAGAGGAGGAAUUUACAGAGGGCGUUGCCAAGGCGGUCUUCCUGAAGGAAAGGGUUGUCUGGUUCUUGGAGAUGGAAGCAUAUACGAUGGAAUGUGGCGCUAUGGCAAGAGAUCAGGUCUUGGCACAUUCUACUUUAGUAAUGGGGAUGUGUUCCAAGGUUCAUGGAGGGAUGAUGUUAUGCAUGGCAAGGGUUGGUUCUACUUUCACACGGGGGAUCGAUGGUUUGCAAACUUCUGGAAAGGAAAGGCAAAUGGAGAAGGACGCUUCUAUUCUAAAUCCGGUGAUGUGUUUUUCGGCCAGUUCCAAGAUGGACUGCGACAUGGUGACUUCCUGUGCAUUGAUGUUGAUGGAACAAGGUGCUUGGAGAACUGGGAUCAAGGUAUUCUUGUAAGUCGUAGACCAUUUGACACUUGAUAUGCAAAAAUUGAGAAGCCCCCAUAUUGUAAAUAUUAUUAUUAUUUUUCUUAUUUCAUUUAUUCUGGUUUGUUCUUUACUAAGUAGAAGCUCCAAAUCUAUUGGAAAAUUUUAUGAGAAUAUUUCUUGGAAAUUCAGGAGGAUUCUUAGAUA